UCUCGACUCACUCACCCGUCUACGGCAGCUACAGAUCUUCCUCUCUGUCUGUUGCCCCGAGAGUCUCGCCGCGAUCCGUCUCGGUUCUUCUUCUCAGUUGCCCGAUGGAGUAAGCGAGGGAGAAAGAUAGAGAAAGAAAGGCAGUUGGACUCAGGGAUUUGUUUAUUCAUCUGUUUAAUUGAUUAUUCGUUUUCAGUCCAUUUUUUUAAGCGAAGUUCGAUCGGGGGAGGUGGACGGAGGGAAGGAGAAGGGGAGUCGCAGAGGGAAGCGGGAACGACGCUUGGAUGCCGUCCAUGGAGGACGGUAUGUGGAGGAAGGAGAUGGUUCGGGUGUAGUUAUUGUGCCAUUAACGACGUUGUCGUCUUUGGAGUAAGAAAAGGACUCGCUGAGUGAAGAGGCGAAAAGGGUAGUUAGUAAUUACUGCUGGCAGCUGGCUUCGCUCAAGUUGAGUUACUCUUUCAACUUAUUGUUUUUACUGGUGCGAAGGUUUGACUCUGUAGAGUGUUAGAGAAGGAAGAAGAAGAAGAAGAAGAAGAAGAAGAAGAAGUUUUGGGUCGUACUGAGUUUUGGAUUUUGUGGGGUCGAUCGGAGGCGUUUCUCUGCUGGCGUUCUUGUUAUUGUCGCUUUUUCGAUUGAGGAGCGCUCUCCCGCUGAUUAUAGUUCAACGCGUAACUUCUAAUUCUCCGAGGACCGUUUAGUUGGAAGUUUCUUCUGUGGCGUGUGAAAUUGGAGCUUACGGAGUUCGCUUUAGUAGCCUUGAAGGCUUGAACCAUCUUGUGGGCGUGUAUUUGAGUGGUAGUUAGACCGUGUUGGAUUUUAGCAAGUCGAUGAUGGGUCACCUGGAGAAGGCACAUGGUCGGGAAUUGGAUCCUCUGUUAAAAGAUCUCCAUGAAAAGAAGCAGAGCUUCAGACGAAUGGCGUGUGAUGUGGUAUCUCUGGCAGCUGAACUGAAAGAGGUCCGCAGUAGGAUGGCAUCUCAAGAAGAAUCUUUUGCUCGGGAAGCAAAAACGAGACAGAUUGCAGAAACAAAGGCUAGAAAUAUGGAACAGGAAAUUUUUCAGUUGCAGAAGAGCUUAGAGCAGAGGAAUGAGCAAUUAGAAGCUUCUAUGUCUAGUGCAGAAAAGCAUCUCAAGGAGAUGGAGAAUUUGAGAUCCCAACUUUCAGUGACCCAGGCGACAGCAGAUGCUAGCACAGCAUCAGCUGAAACAGCACAACUGCAGUGUUUAACUCUGCUGAAGGAAUUAGAUAACAAAAACAAUUCUUUGAAGGAGCAUGAAGAUAAAGUCAACAAGCUUGGUGAACAGUUGGAUCAUUUACAGAAGGAGCUUCAAGAAAGGGAGGUUUCCCAGAAGCAGCUGAAAGAUGAAGUCUUCAGAAUUGAGCAAGAGAUCAAGCAUGCAGUGGCCAAAUCUGGUGAGACAAAGGAAUCUGAACUUAUGAAAAUCUUGGAUGAGGUCUCUCCAAAAAACUUGCAAAACAUCUCAAAGCAUUUAAAUGCGAAAGAUGAUGAAAUUGCUAGACUUCGAGAUGAGAUCAGGAUCUUGUCGGCACAUUGGAAGCUGAAAACCCAGGAGCUGGAAUCACAGUUAGAGAAACAACGGAGAGCUGAUCAGGAGCUGAAGAAAAGAGUUUUAAAAUUAGAGUUUUGUCUACAAGAAGCUCGUUCUCACACUCGGAAACUUCAGAGGAUGGGAGAAAAAAGGGACAAAGCUUUGAAAGAACUGAAGGAACAGCUUGGUGCAAAGCAACAGAAAGCUGUUGAUAGCAGUGAUAAGCAGAAUUUUUGGGAAAGUUCUGGCUUCAAGAUUGUGGCCUCCAUGACAAUGGUAGUUUUAGUGAUAUUUGCAAAGCGAUAGAAUGCAUCUUCGACUCUCUUCUCUUAAUUGACAUGUAGGUACUAAAUUAUGUAUCAGUUAAGAGAGUUUUAUGUAUCAUGUUCCUCUCUGUUGUAAAUCCACCACUGGAGUAUACUAGGAAAACUUUGUCAGUUAGAUUCUAGAGCAACUUAAAUUUUGUAGGAACCUGGCACUGUAAGCAAUUUUAUGUCACAGAUGCUUGUUUUAAUAUCUUAGUGAAGCUUAGUUUUGCCAGAGAUUGUGAUCCGAUUGCUUGAUAAGGUAGAAACUUGUACAUUGGUAUUAACUUGCCUUGUAUUGUUUAAUUGAUCUGAGAGGUUCCUACACUUUCCUGCUAAAA